AUGGCAAGCUGCAAGGCGAGCUUUGUCUCCAUCCUGAACAACGAUGAUAAUCCUGCAUUUGCCGUCCGAUCAUCUCAUAGAUCCGCUCGACACCACUCCCCGUCAUCAUACCCCUAUCCAUCAACAUAUUACCAAUCGUCAACCCCCGAGUCUCGCUAUGGACGGACUUCCGAGUCCCGGGCAGUAUCGCCCAUGGUCCCUCGUCCGACAUUCGAUCCUGUCUCAGAGUCCACGCAGCCGGCUUCACCGGGAUCGUCCGAUUGCUCCUACGACUAUAUGAGCAGCACGACCACCAGCUCUUACUACCAAUCAGGGCGGCCCGACUCCCACACCUAUUCGACAUCGACCGCGGGAUACCCCGGGAAACGGCUGAGCGCCAACUCGGUGGCCGACCCUCCGUCCCCGUCCACGUCGAUCGGUGGCACCAAGGACACGCUGGCCCCCAAGCCGCGAAAGAACAAAUACCCUUGUCCGUUCGCCGCCAGUCAUGGCUGUUCGGCGACGUUUACGACUUCCGGACAUGCCGCGCGGCACGGGAAGAAGCAUACCGGAGAGAAGAGUGUACACUGUCCGAUCUGCAACAAGGCGUUCACGCGCAAGGACAACAUGAAACAACACAUCCGGACGCAUCGGACACACUCGGAGGAAAUGCAAGGUGAUGGCCAAGCGGGCUGGACGACUCGUCGGAGUGCGUCGUCAACGUACAGCCACAACCGGUCGCAGUCCCAGGUGGACGGGAGUGCGUAUGACCACAUGUCGGGACGUAAUUCGAUGGCUUCCAGCAGCAGCCGCCGUGCGCAGCCUUACGGCACGACGUCAUGA